UAUGUCAGUAAAAACUUUAGCAUUUGUGUAUCUCUUAUGGACAAGAGGGAAAGAAUGUCAUGAAUAAAUAACACAGCUGCCUGGAGGAAUGGGAAACAAAACAAGAGCCAGUCCAGUUUCUGUGCAAGAUCCAGUUCAGACUUUGGUGCAGGCUAGAGGCUGGUGCUCGGAGUAGCAGUGAGAUGAGGGCACUGCGUGCGCUCCUGAUAUCACACAGAGGUAUGAGGUGGGAGCUCAGCCCUAAUCCCGUGCAGGGUGCCUCACAGACACUGAACAGAGAGAGAAAGGAGAGCCAGACAGCAUCCGCAAUCACAGCACAGGGGCAAACCACUUCCCCAACUACUCUCCUCUUCCGCCACACACACUGCACAAGGCACAACACGACCAGGUGGCUCCCAACUGUAUACAGUGGCGACCGGUAGACUUCCAGCACUGUUUCCCCUUAACCUUUGCACGGCGAGUCUUGCCAAAGGAGUGGCAUUUGGACUCUCAAGAGCAGGACUGGGACAGUUGUGGACUCAACUAGUUCAGAACAUGAGCUGAGAAGAGCCUAUAUAGAUGGGUGAUCAGUGAAGUCCUCUGUCAUCGUUGCUGCCCGAAUCUUUGAGAUUGUCCAAAGCAGAGCGAACAGGGCUAAUCCAGGCAAGUGCUCUUUCCCGGUGCACGAAGGAGCCCUUUGACAAGCAAGGAACUGUUUGAUGUUCAGAAGUAUGCCUGCUGCUCAGUCAAGGCAUAUCACAGACACUCCUUAAACUGACAGACAGAGUAACAGAAGCAACAUACAGAGAUUCAUGUGGACACUAUUGGGAGUAAGAUUGAAGUCCAGCUUUGUCUAAUUCUCUGCAGCUCUGGGCACUCCAGUGGAAUGAGCUUCAUCAGCCACCUUCUCAGUUCCUGGGAGUAGACAUCUCUGAAGAAGGCCAUAUUUCCUCUCUCACUAUGAAGUCGUUGACCUUCCUGUUCCUCACAGUGCUGUCUGGUCUGGCUGCAGCCACUUUCCCAGAUGAUAGUGGGCCCCUCAGCACUGGCUCUGCAGACUAUGUGAGGCAGAGUGUCGCCUUUGUAGGAAGUGGCCCCGGAACAAAUCCCGGUCUUGGAGAAAGUCUGGAUGUUCAGCGGAUACUGAAAGUGAACAGGACCCUCUUCGUAGGUAGCAGGGAUCACCUAUACAGUGUCGAUUUAGAUGCACCAGCUGUAGAUGAGAUGUUCUAUAAUAAGAAGCUGACCUGGCGAUCGAAUCAACAUGACAUUGACAUCUGCAGAAUGAAAGGCAAAAAUGAGGCAGAAUGUCGGAACUUUAUCAAAGUACUUCUGAAGAGGAAUAGCAGCACGCUCUUCAUAUGCGGAACCAAUGCUUAUAAUCCAGUGUGUGCAAAUUACACAAUGGAUACGCUUGAAUCUCUCGGACCUAGUAUCAGCGGUAUGGCAAGAUGUCCUUAUGAUCCCAAACAAGCCAAUGUUGCACUCUUUGCUGAUAAUAAACUUUUCACUGGGACGGUCACUGAUUUCCUAGCGAUUGAUGCUGUCAUCUAUCGAAGCUUGGGUGGCAGUCCAACCCUCCGAACAGUCAAACAUGACUCCAAAUGGUUCAAAGAACCAUACUUUAUCCACGCUGUAGAAUAUGGUCGACAUGUUUUCUUCUUUUUCCGAGAAAUUGCUAUGGAAUUUAACUACUUGGAGAAGGUUGUUCUCUCCAGAGUUGCUCGCGUCUGUAAGAAUGACAUGGGUGGUUCUCAGCGGGUGCUUGAGAAGCAAUGGACAUCCUUCCUGAAGGCGCGCUUGAACUGCUCAGUGCCAGGAGACUCCCACUUCUACUUCAACGUCCUCCAGGCCGUGACAGACACCAUUCGGAUUAAUGGGCACACUAUUGUGCUGGCCAUAUUCUCCACUCCCUCCAACAGCAUUCCUGGAUCUGCCAUCUGUGCCUUCGACAUGGAACAGAUUUCCAGCAUUUUUGAUGGGCGUUUCAAGGAGCAGAAAUCCCCAGAGUCUAUAUGGACGCCAGUUCCUGAGGAAUUGGUUCCAAAACCAAGGCCUGGCUGCUGUGCAGGAAUUGGAACAAAAUACAACUCCUCCAAUGGGUUUCCAGAUGAGAUGCUGAACUUCCUAAAGACUCACCCCCUGAUGGAUGACACGGUCCCAUCGCUAAAUCAUGGGCCAUGGAUUAUAAAGACAACGAUCAGGGAUCGACUGAACAAGAUUGUGGUGGAUACAGAGGCUGGUCCCUUUAAGAAUUACACAGUGGUGUUCCUCGGCUCUGAAACUGGAAUUAUUCUUAAAUUCCUCAUUAGACCAACUGCAAAUGCAAACUUUGCCAAUCGCAGUCUAUUUCUGGAACAUUUUGAUGCUUACAGCCCAGAGAAAUGUGACAGCAAUGGACGACAGAACCGGAGGAUUGUGGGAAUGGAACUUGAUAAGAUCAGUGGGACACUGUUGGUUGCGUUUCCCUCUUGUGUCAUGCGUGUGGCAUUUGCCCAUUGCCAGCAGCACGCUGUUUGCAUGAAGAGCUGCAUCGGUACUCGUGACCCAUACUGUGGCUGGGUUGGAGAUGGAGUGUGUGCAUACUUGGAACCAGGAACCAGUAUUCCAUUUGAACAAGAUGUCGAGCAUGGAAAUACAACACACCUGGGUGACUGUGAAGAUAAGGGAUUAUAUACAGAGGAGGACCACAUUCCUGGCUCAGCCUUACAAGUCAGACGUGGAGAAAAGAGUGUUCCGGUGCACGGGCGCUCUUUCGGCCUGAUACAUGAAAGCUUUGUUGAAGAGCCCAAUGGCCUGGUUUCUGUCAACCUCCUUGUGAUAUCAGCCAUUGCUGCCUUUGUGAUUGGAGCAGUCAUCUCCGGAUUCAGUGUCUGCUGGUUCAUUGGCCAUCGGGACAAAAAGGAUACAGCCCGGAGAAAAGACAAGGAAACCAUCCUUUCACACAGCGAGUCUGUAGUCAGUGUCACCAAGCUAGGCGGCAUGGUGGAGCGACGGUCCAGGGGACAGCCAGAAACCUUACUCGCUCCACUGAUGCAGAAUGGCUGGUCAAAGAGCUUGAUCAAAACCAGCCAGCAUCACCUUGAUUCGACAGUAUUACCAACACCUGAACAAACACCAUUGCAACAGAAACGCAGUACAGGCAUGAGAAGCUGUGAAUGGGAGCAAAACCUGAUAAAUGCAAGUCUAAGAGAUCAACCAUGUGCAGGAUCACAGAUGAUCCUGGUUGAUUCCUCGCAUCAAGCAAUGUCCCAUCACCUUAGCAAUGUGCGGGUCAUUCCAACUUCCCGCCAUUCUUUCCAGCGGGAUCAGGAACUGACAAGUGAUAAUAAAGACGUCGUGGACAAUUAUCUUUCACACAGUAUGAGAGAACAACUUGAGAAUCCAGGUUCUCACUAUCGGUCAUCUUUAGGUGGCAAUGGAGGUAGCCAUGCUUUUGUGGAAUAUUCAGUGUCUCCUCAUAGCAGUCCCAAAAGGAGAAGGGGUGCAUCAACACCCAUAAUGCCUCAGGACUACAUUGGGGAUGACCCAACAUGUUCCACACAGUGGAAUUACGAGAAAGCAAGUGCACCUGUACCUUCACAACACAUAAGGAAUCAGACUUUUAGCAGAGGGGAAAGUUCGUCAUCCCUGCAGAGAAAGGACCCAGUGCCUGUACACCAUGUACACCUCCACCAACCAGUCCCACCUGUCACUGGGCAGCCUGACCGUGCAGGCUUUAAACCACCAAAAAAGUCAAGUGUCGAAAGGACAUCCUUAGCAAAAUGAGACACCUUGUGCUUUCGUAUCUAUUCAAUAACCUUUGUGAAAACGUGGGAUAAAUAUUUAAAAACAAAAGUUAAAUACUGGAGGAAAUGGAGUGUGAAGACAACAGCACUCCUUAAGAUAACAAAGACCUGUUCUCAAAAUAAGGAUGCAUUUCCUUUGCAAAAAAAAAUACAUGAGUUUCAGAAGGAAGGAGUAGUUUAGAGAAGAAAAGGUGUUGAGGAAUUUUUUCUGGAUUUCUCUCUACUGUUAACUUUUCAGGAGCCAUGGUAAUGAAGGGAAAAUUAUCCAAGCGUUUUAAUUAGCAAUUUUUCUUACAAUUUUUAGCAGUAAGAUUUUUAUUGCAGAUGACAUAGUAAAACAAAUUCAACAGCUGAAGACACUGAAUGUGCUGUUCAAAAAAUCAUUAGAUCUGUAUUAUGAGUUUAUAAAGUUAAUUUACUGCCAUAGUUUACCAUUGGUGAAAUUAAUUUAGCAUGAUCUAUGAUUUGGACAAGCUAUCUUGGACUUAUUUUCAGGUUUAUGCAGAUUGGAUUUAUUGCAACACAUAUUUUUCAAGCAUUCAUGAAUCCCAACGCCCGAAGAUGUAGGAGGCUGUUCAGAUCAUCAUACCUCCUGCAGCUCUUUGAAAAAUGCUUUACAAUUAGUUCCACUUCCCUUCCCCAUGCUCCAACAAAUUGUUGCCCUUACAAUAUAUAUUCAAUUCCCUGUUGAAAUUUACUGUUGAAUCUGCUUCCUACUACCCUGAGAGGCAGAGCAUUCUAAACUGCGUAAAACCAAAUCCUUUACCAGUUACCUUAAAUCUGUGUCCUUUUGUCACAAACCUACUGGAAAUAGUUUCUCCUCAUUUAUCCUGUCAACGUAUUUUGCAUUUUGAAUUAUCUCCCCUUAAACCACUCAACUUUGUGAGAAAAAUUCCAAUUUCUCAAGCCUUCCCAAAUCAUUGAUGUCCUGUACAGCAAGUACCAUUCCAGUAAAUCUCCUCUACACCCUCUCGCAAACUAUGUCAACCUUGCCAAAAUAUUGAGCCUAGAAUUCGCACAAUAAUCCAAAUGGGACUUAACCAGUGUCUUGUUCAUGUUUAGAAGAAUUCCCUUGCUUUGAUAUUCCAAGGGAGGAACUUAAAAAAGGAGUUUGAGUCAGGCGUGAGGGAUAAAGGCCCAGAUUUUCAUCUUGAGUUGGAUAGUGGAUGCCAGGCACAUUCCUGUCUCGGAUGGCCUGUCUCCAGAGAUAUUGGUGGGAAAGAAGGGAUUUUCAUUGCAGAGGUGCAGGUUGCAGUUGAACCAGCCAAUCCAGGAUAAGGUUUGGAGCCAGCCAAAGGGCUUGGCAGCUGUUGAAGCUGACUGUUUAAAAGCCUUGGUGCUCGGAGGCAUGGUCCCAUUUAUAAUGGAAAAUGCUCUUUUAUCCCUUGCACUUCAUACAUACCUCACUACCCAUAAACUUCCAAUGCCCGGUCUAUGCCAUCUAAUGUCCUUUCACCAACCAUGUCCACAUGCCCCAUGUCAAGUAAUACAUCCACCCAUUCCACAUGGCUGUCAUGCUGCAAAUGCUAAGGUAGGCACACACGCACCCAAUAUAUGCCCCUAUCAGCCCCCAUACCAAGCUAAAGCAGGUCCAUGCCCAUUUGCCCACUAUGCGCUAUAUAAAUGUCAAUAAAUGAAGAAUUCUUUUAUACAUGCCACUAUCACUACAGGGUUUAGUGAUUCAUCCUCUUUUCCAAGCCUCUGAUCACCUGCACCCCACCAAUGACCUACGCCCCCAUAUACUUUGAAAUGUCUACCCCAUUACCCGAGGUGCUUUCACUCCAAGAUCUCCCCCACCACCCCUUGAAGAUGGCCUUGUCCCCUCACUCCUGUUUCGACCCUCUUAACCUGAGUUUUUGACCAAUGUUUUCCAUCUGACUGGAAGCAAAACAUAUUGAUCAAACUUGGUUAUGUACGACGAACCGGCUGGAGACAUCAGACACACAGGGAGUCCCAUCCUUUGAGUUCCCAUCACCUUUCCUACCCAUCUCCUUCCACUGGGUCAGGAGUGUAAAAGUCUCGGUCAAUAAUACUAUUUCUAAAGCAAGAGGUAUUUAGCUGCUUGCUUUUUUGAAACUGCCCUCUCAACCUGUUCUGCAACCUGUAAGGAUUUGUACACGUUCGCACCCUGAGAUCUGUCUGCUCCUGCACACCAUUUAAAAUUGUACCACCUGGGUAACGGUUUUCUAGUGCUUUUCAAUUUGUCCCUUUUAUCAGAAUGGUCCUUUGCCGACAAUAAAGGGGAAGGCUAAUGAACAACCCAUCAAAUUAUCAUUUCAGGCGUAUAGAGGUUAGAUUUAGAUGGGUUACCAUCAUCCUUCGAACUUUCCCCAAGGAUUCAUUUCGAGAAAUUUCUUCCAUUUUCCUUCUCUUUCCUCACAUCUGCAGAUGGCAGCAGUCAUGUUUAACGUUGUAAUGCCAGUGGUGCUGUUGGGUUGACAAAUAGUUACAAACAAGUUGACCAUUCAAGGGUGUGGAAGCACCAUAGAUGACCACAUUAUUGUUCUACAUCAAGAAUCCAGAAACAGACUACUCUUAGCAUUGGUCAAUGACUGGUGAAUAGAAACAGGAACCAGUUUCUAUCUCUCCUCCCUAAAACCAGCUGUAUUGUACACGGUUGGCCCAUCAAUUGAGCCAGGUUCUGUACCCCAAGCUGGUAAUCAUAUGUCAGCUCUUUGCAAAACAAAUCAUCAGAAUAAAUAUUCAGCUUUUUCAUGCCCUGUCACAUGACUAUUAAGUACGAUUUCAUUGAAUCUACAAUGUUAAUCCAAUUUGGAUAAAACCUACCAUCUUACAGAAUAUACAAAUUUUAAUACAUUUCCACUGGAAUCUAAUUCGGGGAGGCAAUGGUUUAGUGGUAUUAUUGCUGGAUUGUUAAUCCUGAGGCCCAGGUAAUAAUCUGGAGGCCUGAAUUCCAAUCCCACCAUGGCAGAUGGUAGAACUUAAAUUCAACAAAAAUCUGGAAUCAAGAGUCUGAUGAUGACCA